CACCUCCUACCACCUCCUCCCCCCAAACCCUUCCCCUCCUCCCCUUCCUCCUCCUCCGCUCCUCCGCCUACCCCCCACCCUCCGCCGCCGACGCCUCAGCUGCGCCGCCGUAUCGGCCUCCCCAUCGGCGGCGGUGGCGGCGGGGGAGGGGGAGGGGGAUGGGUCGAUAAGGUGGGGGUGCGAGAUCGAGUCGAUGGAGAGCGCGGGGGCGCUGCAGCGGUGGCUCUCGGCGUCGGGGCUCCCCCAGCAGAAGAUGGCGAUCCGGCGCGUGGAGGUCGGGGAGAGGGGGCUCGUCGCGCUCAAGAACAUCCGCAAGGGGGAGAAGCUCCUCUUCGUCCCUCCCUCCCUCGUCAUCUCCCCUGAUUCGGAAUGGAGCAGCUCAGAAGUAGGUAAUGCGAUGAGGAGACACUCAGUACCAGAUUGGCCGCUGCUCGCAACUUACCUGAUAAGCGAGGCGAGUCUCAGCAGCUCUUCACGAUGGAACAGUUAUAUCGCAGCCUUACCUCGACAACCUUACUCGCUUUUAUACUGGACUCGCUCCGAGCUUGACACAUUCUUGGUAGCAUCGCCAAUUAGGAAAAGAGCCAUUGAAAGGAUAACCGAUGUUACAGGAACGUUCAUUGAUUUAAAGGAGAGAAUAUUUUCCAAGCAUCCAGAUCUGUUCCCUGAGGAGGUGUACAACAUGGAAACAUUUAGGUGGUCCUUCGGCAUUCUCUUCUCACGGUUGGUUCGCUUGCCAUCUAUGGAUGGAAAAGUUGCAUUAGUUCCUUGGGCCGACAUGCUUAAUCAUAGCUCUGAGGUGGAAACAUUUUUGGACUAUGACAAGUCAUCACAAGGAAUAGUUUUCACGACCGACCGCUCAUAUCAACCAGGUGAGCAGGUAUUUAUUUCUUAUGGUAAGAAAUCAAACGGAGAGCUAUUGCUCUCAUAUGGCUUUGUUCCAAAAGAGGGCACAAAUCCAAAUGACUCAGUUGAGUUGUCAAUGUCCGUCGACAAGUCCGAUAAAUGCUAUGAAGCUAAGCAAGAAGCCCUAAAAAAGUAUGGUUUAUCGACGUCGGAAAGGUUUCCUUUGCAGAUCACCGGAUGGCCGCUCGAAAUGAUGGCCUAUGCUUACCUUGUGGUGAGCCCGCCCAACAUGAGCCGAUGCUUCGAAGAGAUGGCUGCUGCUGCAUCCAAUAAAGGAACUGCAAAGGCUAAACUAAACUAUCCUGAAUUGGAGGAGCAAACUCUUCAGUUUAUCCUGGAUUGCUGUGAAUCAAGCAUAUCAAAGUACAACAAAUUCAUAGAGGGUGGUGCCACCUUCGAUUUGAUUGCACUGAGUGCAAAGCAAGCCAAUAGGAAAGUGCUUCUGAAACAGCUGGCGACAGACCUAUGCAUCAGCGAGCGGAGGAUUCUGUACCGAGCUCAAUAUAUACUGCGAAGGAGGUUGAGGGACAUGAGGAGCGGCGAACUUAGAGCUCUUACAAUAUUGAAUGGAUUUCGAAAGCUAUUCAAAUAGAAGGUUGAGCUAAAAUAUUUCUUUUCUUCAUUGGGAAUCACUAAACACGAUGAAGAGUAGCAAUGCUUCCUCAUUAGUUGUCUCUUUCUUUUGAUCUCAAAUAUUGUACCAAUCGAGUUACAGGGAAGCAGCUUCGAUUUGUUUAUCGCAUUUUUUAAGUUCCUGAAUCUUAUGGAAAUUCCCGUCAUCCCAUGUCCACAUAUUGGUGUCAAAUGUUACCUUUCUGCUGGUAUCUGAGGCUUCAGUUGUAUUCAAGACACCGCACAUGCUCAAUCACAUGUGAAAAUCAGUUAUAUGUUUCGGUUCUGCAUU